GGCCGGGGGCCCCAGCCCUGGACAGAUGCGGUGCCCAACUUGAUGCCACCCUCCGGCUUCUCUGGUAAGUGCCCCUCCUCUCUGUCCCAUGGCCGCAGCUGCUCUUUCCCGUAGCAGGCUCGGCGACCGGUGUGCCUGCCAAGGCUAGAGGCUUUGCACGCCUACCCCCACGCCGCACCCGCCAGCCAUUCAUCCUGGCCCCCUAGGACUUCAAUGGGAAAAGGAAAUGUCCCAGGUGCCCCUGGGUAGACAUGCAGCAAAGAGACCUCCCCUCUGGCUCCCCUACCCUGGGGAAGGGUUUUUCCCCACAGUCACGGUGGAAGUUCCAGAAAUCUUUCCCCCGGGACGCCCCUCCCUCCCAUGCAGGUCCCUGGGCCUCGAUAUGCUGUGCUUUAAAGAGGACAUCCUUGUUCACUUGGGUCUCCGGACCGCCACAUCCGGCAACAAAAAAAAGCUCCCCGUCUUUGUCGGGGCGAUGCCCUAGGCCCCACCCCACCGACAGAACGGAGUAGUUCGACACCUAUCUCUAACUGCAAAGUGGCCGAAGCCGGUCCUGUGGCCACAGGGGUUGGCAAGGGAAGUUUGUGACUAAAGGAACCACCUUAUUACAAUAAAAGCGGUCGGCCCGCGGUCCCCAGCCCCUGGCCCAGCAGGCUGGAGGGCCAAGGGGGGAAUUCACAGGGCAGGGAGGAAGGAGGCUGAGUUACACGCCUCACUGCACUUGAGCUGAACGCAGAGCAACAGGGAUGAGCAGGAACUGCAGUGGCAGUGAUGGAGAGCCGGCUGUCAGGUGGACUUCCCAGAAGAGGCACGGGAGGAGGAGGGAGGCUGGGGCAGUUCUGUCCCCAGAGAGCUCCUGGCUGGCCCUGCCGCACAUGGGUACCUGUUAGGUGUGUGCAGCAGCCCGGACCCCCAGCCGUCCUUUCUCAGCCUGGAGCCUCAGCUGGUUUCCCGCAUCCCUCUGCGCAUCUGGCCUCAUUCUCUAAGUUUCCCAAAGCUACCACCUUCUGAGGUGCUGUAGGUGUCCACCAGGCGACCCUAGAGCGGGAGGGAAGGGGUGGGAAUCACAGCAGCUCUUAGACUAACUGUCUCGCCUCAUUUCCACGUGGGAGGAAACAUGGCGCGCGGUGGAGAGAACCUGCAGCCCCAGAGCUCCGCGGUGGUCAGGGUCUGCAGCCUGGGAGAAACCCGGAUGUGGCCUCCCAGGGCAUCGGCUGGCUCCUGCUCCCAUUGUGGUGACUGUUGCCCCUUGCCGAUUCUAAUACUUCCUCCCCCUUUUGGGGUCCCUGCUGGUGCUCGACAGGGUGAGUCAGGAGACUCUCGCCACCUCAAUCCCUUCUCUAUUAUGUCCUCCUCAUGGCCACCUUCCUGCCACUGCCCAGGUCCCCCCGGUUUCCGGAGCCCCCUGUGAGUGGGCAGGUUCUGCACACUCCUGUGCCCGGACACCUGCUGUGUCGGCCCAGGGCUCCUCUCUUCCAACCCCACAGCAUCUGUUCCGAUGCUGCUGCUCCUCUCCUAUCUAAGCCUCCCCAGUUCACAGUCUGUCCCGUGCAUUCUGGGGAAACCCAGGCCAAAGGGGACAAGGGUGCACCCUCAGCUUCACACACUGAGCCAGUGUGGAAGCACCACUGAGGAAAGAUGUAAGAGGACCCAGCGACGGAACUUGGAGCCCGGGCAGCCCUAGGGUCCCUCACCCACCGCAGCUUGGUCUGCGGGAGCCCCUUGGCGGCUCUUGGGAGGAAUUCACAGCUUCCACAUCCAGUGGUCCCUGCACCCUGUGUGCAUCCUGAGCCACAGCUAAUGCGUAGUUUGGCUGCCCUCCACACAGGCAUUCUGGGGACACAGGCUCUGCCAGCCUGGGGGCAGAGCUGAGACCUGCACGGCUUCCAGCCUUGGGUGACUUAGUCAAGGACCGAAGAGGGCAUGGAUGCGGCUGCAGCCCCAAAGCGAGCCUGGCCCCCCUGGCCUCGCCUCCUCUUCCUGCUCCUCCUGCCUGUGGGGAGCUGGGGCAGCUGUCCUGCCCCGUGCGACUGUGCCUCCCAGCCCCGGGCAGUGCUCUGUGGCCACAGGCGACUGGAGGCCGUCCCGGGGGGCCUCCCGCUGGACACUGAGCUCCUGGACCUGAGUGGGAACCGCCUAUGGGGGCUUCAGCGGGGCAUGCUCUCCCGCCUGGGCCUGCUCCGGGAACUGGACCUCAGCUAUAACCAGCUCUCCACCCUGGAGCCCGGGGCCUUCGAGGGCCUGCAAAGUCUGCUCACCCUGAGGCUGCAGGGCAAUCGUCUGCGAAUCGUGGGGCCGGGGGUCUUCUUAGGCCUGUCUGCCCUCACGCUGCUGGACCUCCGCCUCAACCAGAUCGUCCUCUUCCUAGACGGGGCGUUUGCGGAGCUGGGCAGCCUGCAGCAGCUGGAGGUUGGGGACAACCACCUGGUGUUCGUGGCUCCGGGGGCCUUUGCAGGGCUGACCAAGCUGAGCGCCCUCACCCUGGAGCGCUGUAACCUCAGCACAGUGCCCGGCCUAGCCCUCGCCCGUCUCCCGGCCCUGCUGGACCUAAGGCUUCGAGAGCUGGAUAUUGAGAGGCUGCCGGCGGGAGCCCUCCGGGGCCUGGGACAGCUAAAGCAGCUGGAGAUCCACCACUGGCCAUCUCUGGAGGCUCUGGACCCUGGCAGCCUGGCCGGGCUCAACCUCAGCAGCCUAGCCAUCACCCACUGCAACCUGAGCUCAGUGCCCUUCCAGGCACUGUACCACCUGACCUUCCUCAGGGUCUUGGAUCUGUCUCAGAACCCCAUCUCGGCCAUCCCAGCUCGAAGGCUCAGCCCCCUGGUGCGGCUCCAGGAGCUCCGACUGUCAGGGGCCUGCCUCACCUCCAUCGCCGCCCACGCCUUCCAUGGCUUAACCGCUUUCCACCUCCUGGAUGUUGCAAACAACGCCCUCCAGACGCUCGAAGAAACGGCCUUCCCUUCCCCGGAAAAGCUGGUCACCCUGAGGCUGUCCGGCAACCCCCUGACCUGUGACUGCCGCCUGCUCUGGCUGCUCCGGCUGCGCCGCCGCCUGGACUUUGGCACAUCGCCCCCUGCCUGCGCGGGCCCCCGGCAUGUCCAGGGGAAGAGUCUGAGGGACUUUUCCGACAUCCUGCCUCCAGGGCACUUCACCUGCCAACCAGCCCUGAUCCGGAAGUCAGGGCCCCGGUGGGUCAUUGCCGAGGAGGGGGGCCACGCCGUGUUCUCCUGCUCUGGGGAUGGCGACCCCGCCCCCACGGUCUCCUGGAUGCGGCCUCAGGGGACUUGGCUGGGAAGGGGCGGGAGAGUCCGGGUGCUAGAGGACGGGACGCUGGAGAUCCGUUCGGUGCAGCUGCGGGACCGAGGGGCCUAUGUCUGUGUGGUCAGCAACGUGGCUGGGAAUGACUCCCUGAGGACCUGGCUGGAGGUGAUCCAGGUGGAGCCCCCGAACGGCACUCUCUCCGAUCCCAACAUCACCAUGCCAGGGGUUCCUCGGCCUUUCUUCCUGGAUGGCAGAGGCGUGGCCAUGGUGCUGGCCGUUGGCUUCCUCCCCUUCCUCACCUCUGUGACCCUCUGCUUUGGCCUCAUUGCCCUCUGGAGCAAGGGCAAGGGCCGCGUCAAACAUCACAUGACCUUUGAGUUUGUGGCGCCCCGGCCCUCCGGGGAUAAGAACUCUGUGGGCAAUCGAGUCACUGCCAAGCUCUUCUGACCUUUCCUUCCUCCCGGGCGACCCAGCCACGUCUGCUUCAGCUGCCAGAGGAAAGGGGGAAGGAAGCCCACUUGAACCUGAACCUAGUCCCGAGUGGCACAGGCCCCCACCUCAUCCUGCCUGCCCUGCGCCAGCGGCUGGUGCUGCCUUGUGAGAGGGGCUCUGUGCCCUGCCUUUUCCAGUCUCAGGACAGCGGCAGCUCCUCUAGGGUCCCAGGAGCUGCAGAUCCAGAGUCUGCAGUCAAACCAGCCCACCCUCUGAUACCCCCACCCCCCCAUCCACCCCCACACAGGAAGCAUAAUCAAGGCACCAGUCUGCUGGUCUAACCAUUGAGCUCUCCUCACUCACACUUAGAUCCUCUGAUAAGCAAUACGAGCUUUGCCAGGCACAGCUGCGUUUACUUUGGACGGGACUGGGGGUUCCAUCUGGAGUCUCUGCUCCUCCACCAGGCAUCUACCCUUCUUUUCUGCUCCCUGCACCCAGGCCUACUCCAGGCCCCAGCUGCAAGGAGCUAGAGUCAGGGCCCCUGAGGUUUAGGAGACAAGGGUGCAGGGCGCCGGGUGUGGGAGGACACAGUGCUGUCUCUGCAUGAGCCUCCAUCACCUUCCUCUGGCUGCCAAAUGGCCGCAACGGUAGCAGCCAAAACUAAACACGAGCUCUGGAAUUUUCUUGACUCCAGGCUAUUUCUUCCCUCUCCUACCCUCUCCCACUGCCCACUGAUCCUGUGCCCCCAUGGCCUUGCCCCUAGGGAACCCCGCCUGACAAACAGGGGAAGGCGGCCCCUGGGUGGGUCAGCACGCUCAGGCGUCUCCCACCUGCUCUCCUCUCGCGCUGGCACUGCCGGACAGAGGAUCCUCCCUGCGCAGGGGAUUCCCAGGCAAAAUUUCCAACCUAGGAUACCCAGCUCCCCGCCCCGGGAUCUCCCUGCCCGUCCUCGGUCACAGACCCCUCGUGCCCUUGGGGGAAAACCAGGAGGGAACACCAAGAAAGUGACUGAGAAAAGUGAGACUCGGCUGCUGUCCAAGGAGAGAGACCCAGGACAGCAGCGAGGAGGGACGCAGCAGGGACAGCCUGCCGGCAGCUCUCCCCACCCCCGCCCCGCGUUCAGCACAGCCCCUCCAUCUGGAAGCUGUGUGGGGACCCCAGGCUAGGAAGCAGAGCAAGGUGUGGACCUGCAGACUCCCCACCCCGGGUGGGGGGGCUGUGCUUCAAAAAGAGGACAAACAGGGGGUGCUAGGAACCAGAGAGACGGCCACAGGCUCAGCCUCGUCAGCAGGGGAGGAGCCACAGAGAAGGGAGAAUCACGCGGCCCCGGGGAGCCUUUCUCUCCGCAGCAGCAUGUGCCCUGUGUCCUCAGUUCCCCUCCACCUUCUGCGGCCCCCACCCACCCCGAUGCCGAACCGCUGGCACACACGCCGCCGAGCCUCCUGGCUGAUUCGGGCUGCUGCUGUCCUUGCUCUGGGCGGACUGCACUCAUUAGAAGACUUCCAGCUCAGCCUGCCCCUGGCAGGCAAGAAGGAACUGGUGCCAUUGAGGCAGCGCCGCCCGGCUUCCUGGGCAGACAAGCUCUAAACAGGAGCCAGAGCCAGAGGUGAAUCUGAGAACCCCAAAGUCUGGAGAGUGAGAAUGGAGAAACCCAUGUUCCCGACAGGCCUGUGUCCCUGAGUUUCCAACCUCCCCCACCCCCAGCACCCCUGCGACCUUCCCCACUACACUUUAUAAUGUUCCAGAAAGUUUUCCCAGGGCCCAGCCCUCCUCUCCUCCCCAUCGUCCCCACUAGCAUAUCUGGUUGGGACUUGGGUCCUGAAUGUUCUUGCUCACUGCUCUCUGCACUGCAGAUAAGGGCAGAGGCAGCCAGAGUCUCGCAGUAUCCAGAGCAGUGCUGCCCAAUAGAGACAGGAUUCAAGAAACAUCGGCAAUUCACAUUUCCCAGGAGCCACACUUGAGGAAUGGAAACGAGGGGAUGGCAUUUGACCUAGUGGCUGGGAUGCAGCUUGGGACUCCUGGAUCCCAUUCUGGAGUUCCUGGGAUCAAUACCAGGCUUCUGCACCACCUGGAAGGCAGCAGAUGAUGGCUCAAGUGCUUGGCUCCCAGCCACCCAUGUGGGAGACUCUGAUGAAGUUCUGGGCUCCUAACUUCAGCCUCACACAGCCCCAGCUGUUCUGGGCAUUUGGAGGGUGAACCAGCAAAUGGAAGAUCUCUCUGUCUC